AUGGGGACCGCCCUGUCCCAGCUGGCCUGUGUGUCACCCGCAUCCUUACCCCUGCGAGAGAGCCCUGCUUCCACAAGAGGUCAGGCUCUGAGGUUCCAGGUGGGCGUGCAAGGCUUAGGCGGGCGGAAAGUAGACAGGAGACAGGGACGCAGAAGGGACUUCCCGGCCCAUGGCAUCAGGCCCGCUCUGAUGGGGUGGAGCCCUGUCAGAAUCUGCUCUGCAUCCCAGGAAGCGGACUGCAUCACACGGCCGGGAACUCGAGCCCAGGAUCCACCGCCAGGCCAGCAGGACGGGCGCCAAGCGGGGCCCGCCUGGCUCCCACUGACGUCGGACUCUGCUCUGCAUCCCAGCUGA